AUGACAGUACAACUAAUGACCUUACUACCAUGGCCAGAUCCGGCGUCGCCUGCGAUUCGUCAGUCGAAUCCUUCGGACCCGCCCGACCCUCCUGACCCGCCGGACUGUCGCGAAUCUCCAACCCGACUCAGAUCUCUUCACACUGCGUACAAAAACCGAACCAUGAUUUGCCGGUGCUGUUCUGCCGAGUCUUCACGGAGAAGAUGGUCACCAAAAUUUUUUUACUACUUGGUCCGUUACUCGGCUUGA